GUCAGCUGUCCGCACGUACAAAUUUCCCCUCUUUGGUACCUUCGGGCCAGUUUUCGAAAGAAGGAAUCUGAGUAACGAGCAUAACUGCGGCCUUCGAACGGUCCGAGCUUUGCUCUGUCAUCCUGGACGCCAUGGAAGGCGGGGAAUCUCCGGCGGCUCACAAGCCUAAGUUCUCGGUUUACCAGAACCCCACCUUCUCUGCGGCCCUUAACUCUACCAGUCUUCGUCCUUCGGUUGCUAACCUCUUUGUCAUCUCCGCAUCUUUCCUAGCCACUACCGUAGCCUUCCUCACAAUGUCCUACUGGAAAGAAGUGCUCGUGAAGAGAUUAGCCGGAUUCGACAUUUUCACUGGUACAGCGUUCCUGGUUUCCCAGAUCUUGCAGGCUGCGGUUGUACUGGUGUUUUUAGCAACUUUGUUGGCCCUCAUCAGGGCUUUGUCUGCGCUUGAUGUCAGGAAGGCUUUGGCUGCAUCUACUUCCAAGAAAGCUGCAGAGAAUCAGAAAAUCCUUACUGAUCGCCAGUUAAGACUUUUGGGUUUGAAGCCAAAACUGACUGAUAAGAGUGAGAAGUUCGAUUCUGUUAAGAAACCUCCUACUCCUGAACUUGUUUCUUGGUCGAUCUCAGAACCCUUAGUCCCAAUUCGAAAGUCGGUUUUCAGCUAUACUCCCCGUUCAUUGCGAAGCAGGUCUGAUCAGCAGAGCUCCAGUGCUGGAAAGAAGACAGUCAUUUCACCGUUGUCUCCUCCUUCUACGCCUUAUAAAUAUGCUUCCUCACCGGCAACCCCUUGGUCUAGGAAUAGCCCUGGAAGUGCUAAGGGAAUAUUAACAGAAGAAAAACUGGAGGAGUUCUUGGCUGAUGUUAAUGAGAGGAUCAUGGAAUCAGAGGCUAUAGCUGUAGAAACACCUUCACCUACAGUCGGUGGGUUUGGAAUUGUCAGCCCUAGCUCCAUGGUGAGCUCAACUAAUGCUUCUAGAGCAGCCAGAAGCACACCACUGAGGCCAGUUCGCAUGUCCCCUGGUUCACUGCAGAAGUACUCACCCCCAAAGAAAGGAGAAGGGGAGCUCCCUCCCCCAAUGUCAAUGGAACAAACGGUAGAGGCUUUUGAGAACUUAGGUGUUUACCCUCAAAUUGAACAUUGGCGGGAUUGUCUCAGGCAAUGGUUUUCUUCAGUUCUGAUAAACCCACUUCUUGAUAAGAUUGGGACUAGUCAUAUUCUGGUUAUGCAAGCAGCAGCCAGCCAUGGUGUGAACAUUGCUAUAAGCCAAGUUGGUUGUGACUCUAGUAAUUCAACAAUGCCCGUUCAUUUAUCACAAUUUUAUGGAAUGAAGGAGUGGCAAUCCACAGUCACUUUAGAUGAAGAUGGAUUUCUUAAUCAACUGCAUUCUUCUCUUGUGCAAGCACGUGAUGGAUCAAUGUCACGGUCACCAAUUUCUGGUCAGCAGCAACCACAGCAAAUUGCAUUACUUCCUCUUAUACAACAGUGUUUAGAUGCCAUCACUGAGCACCAGAGGCUGAAAACGCUAAUGAAAGGAGAACUAAUUAAGGGUUUGCUCCCUCAGAGCACUGUACCUGCAGAGUUUGCUGUUCAGAGAGUCCAAGAGCUUGCCGAAGGUACAUGUUUGAAGAAUUUUGACAAUAUUGGAAAUGGGGCCGGGUUGGACAAAGCAGGCGAAAAAUGGACAACUGAUGUUCCAAGUGACUCGCACUUGUUGUUGUACCUAUUCUGUGCUUUCUUGGAGCAUCCCAAAUGGAUGUUACAUGUAGACCCAACAUCCUACUCCGGUGCUCAAUCAAGCAAGAACCCUUUAUUCUUGGGAGUUCUUCCUCCAAAAGACCGGUUUCCUGAGAAGUAUGUGGCAGUGAUCUCUGGUGUCCCAUCUGUCAUACACCCAGGAGCAUGUGUGUUGUCCAUUGGGAAACAAAGGCCUCCAAUUUUUUCCUUAUACUGGGAGAAGAAACUGCAGUUCUCUAUUCAAGGAAGAACUGCCUUAUGGGAUGCUAUUUUGCUACUCUGUCAUAGGAUUAAGGUUGGUUAUGACGGGGUAGUUCGAGGAGUUCAUCUUGGUUCGUCAGCUUUCAACAUUCUCCCAAUUCUUGAUUCAGAAACUGAUAGCUGAAGUACUUGCUGUUGAAUUAUAAGGCCUGUCUUCCUCUCUUUAGUUAUCUAUGCAUUGUGCAGCAUUUUCAUGUAGAAUAUCUUUCAGCAUUAGAGUAAGUACAAAACUUUUGAACUUUUGCUUCAGUUUUAUAAAUGUUAUUAAUUUGAGUUUCUAUAUAAAAUUAUAAUUGCUUGA